AUGGAAGAGCUUGUUUCUCAGCUUUUAUCAGAGCAGGUUCCUAUUCCGGAUGAAAUCACCGAGGAGGCUUUAGUAAAAAUGCUUGAAGAUAAGGAGGAAGCGCCUCCUUAUCGGGUCCCCCUUAGCAUAGGAGAAAAUCAUACCGAGCUUGAUAAUGCUGGCAAACCAUGUUCAGCUUAUGAUGUGAUUAUUCACCCAACUUUCCUUGAGAAAAUUCGGGCUUCUCAGUCAAGUUCGCGUAGCAUUGAAUUGGAUGUCGGUACUAAAUUGCUUGUUCUGCGAACGCGGAGUUGUGUCUACGAACUGGCCGCAGAACUCAAUUUUGCCGUUGAUGGCGCGGCCACUAGCGCCACUUUCAAUUCCCAAACAAAAGUAUGUCUACUUGUCUCGUUUAAGUAA